AAAGCACCACCUCCAAACUCGCAGGUGUGUUCAUUUCCAAACACUGAUAAGCACGUGUAGCAGCUCUGGUUGUAGUAGACGUUCAGCGAUUGUGGAAGCUUAAUGAAAUAUUGUCCAAAAUACUGAUAAUAUUUAAAUGGGUGAUUCUGAACAUCCCGAGAAGACUGGGGAAUCUGUUCCUGAUGCCAGCUGGCCAGAGAAUGGGGAUCAGUGGAGCGACAGUGGAGAAGAGGAUGAUGAAUGGGGACUAUUGCAGGCAAUGGCUGCAGAGGAUGAGGAGAUUGACCUCUACAAUGAGGAGACAUUUGGCUUGGAUGAAGCCACAAGUGGUGAUAAUCCAGAUGCUGACCCUAUGGAUCUCCUGCUGCUGUGUAGUGAUAACUCCCCAACACCACAGUCCUCACCACCUCCACCUCCCAGAUCACCUUCCCCUCACAGUUCCUAUUCACCCUCCAAACCAGGAUCUCGCGUUUGGCCCCACACUCCAACGGGCUGGUCUCAAAGAGGAAGAGCAGGUCGAGGGCAGCUAUUUGAUGACCCGGCUGUGGUGAAGACUGUGGAAGGUCGACGGAGCCUAAAGAGUCUUGAUAGUGCCAUUGUGGAUUGCAGCCUCAGCUCCUACUGGGAGGACCUCAAGUCAAAUACAUGGAUGAUAGCACUUCUUAAUUCCAGCGGGCCACCUGCGGCAUCUUUACUUCAGGACCAGGCAAUCUUGGGAGUCAUUGACGGAUCAAGACAUGGCAGGGUCCCACCUGUUUCUCCAAACUUUCUGUCUCCUAUGCAACAUUUUUCUGCUAGCUGGGGCAGGAGAGGACUUUCUUUUGUUGGGUCCUUCAACCAGAGAUGUCAUUAUCAGGUAUGCACAAAAAAUCCCAUGGUUCCUUGCUCUCCCUUUCGUCCCCAAAGACUCUUUUCACCCCAGCAACAAUACAACCAGCCUGGAGGUUUUCUGUCACCUUCCCGUCCUCCUCUCUCUACCCCAUUGCCCCACACACCCAAACUCAUGCAUCAUCAGUUUGGCACGGACUCCCCCAGGCCUGCUCCAUUCUACAGCCCAUCCACCAAUAUCAUGCAGGGCUUCAGAGCACCAGGUCCUGUUGCCCAGUUCCAUCCCCAGCAUAAGCGGCUUUUGAGUCAACGACAACAGAGACCUCACAGAAAGCCAGUGAGCUGGGACCCAUAUUCCCAGAUCAUGUCUGAUAAAGAGAAGGAAUGGAUAAUCAGGCUGCAGAUGAUUCAGCUACAGAGUGAAAAUCCACAUCUGGACGACUACUAUUACCAGGAGUACUAUCAGAGGAUGGAAGCCAAACUUGCUGAAGAGGAGUUUUUGGGUGACCGAUUAAAGAAAGAACCACCUAAACUCACAACCCCUUAUGUUACCAAAACACUCUCAUAUAUCCCAGUUGUGCACAUUGAAGGUUCGCUCGGGCAGGUUGCAGUGUCUUCUUGUUUCUCUCCUAGACGAGCAAUUGAUGCUGUUCAUGCGAACACACCUGAUGAGGAGCACAAAUACUCUAGACAACAAAGGUUGGAGGUGUUGAGCACUAUUGAAAAGUUGUACAAAGUUUUGUUAGAAGUGGAAGAGGCAGACAAGAUGAAGGCAACAGUGUCUGACAAAGAUGAGGAAAAACGGUUGGUGCAGAACAUUCAGAGGAAGGUGGAACAGCUUUACAAUGAGCUGCGGUGCACUAAUCUAUUGGACUCUGGAGAUGAAUUUCUUUCCUGUCUUCUAAUAUCAAAAGGAAAGAGGCUGCUGGCCAGACUCCUCCGCUUCCUGUCACAUGAUACAUCUCUGCAUAUCCUAGGUGUGGUGACCAAACACCUUCCAGUAUUGAUGAGCAGAGAUACAGAUGAGGCUCUGCCUAUUCUGUAUCCAUCUCUCCGUGCUGUGAUUGAUCGACUUGCAUUCAGUCAGCUAAUCAGAAUUCUCAAAGAGUUCACCGCAUCACUGCCUGACUCAAAAGACACAUGUCUAACAUUGGCCUGUCAAAAUAAGUUUGGUCUGUCGCUGUUAUAUGCUCUGCUCUCGCAGGGAGAAAAGAUUUUAUCUUCUGACAUUCCCAUGGAGCCCAGCGUUGGAGAUUCCGAGGCUUGGACAAACACAGUAUUCCAUGUGGCCCGGCAGCUAUCCCAGACGACUCUUGCUGAGCCACUUCUUCUGCCCUCCAACCUGCUAACACUGUUCUGUCGAUAUCUGGACAAGCGGACUGUACACCAACUAAAGAACAACUUGGAAUCAGCUACAGGAUAUCUGGCUGUAGCAUCGUGAAUGAGCACUGACCCUAUUAUCUCUGUCCACACUUACCUGAAACACAGGACGACGCUAAGCCUGAAAUUAACUGGAUUUUGUGAUGGACCAUGUUCAUCCAAGAUUUCUGUAUUUUUCCUGUCAACCUAAAUUUCUUUCCUCCUAAUUUGUCUUCUAGUUCUCUCAAUCCUUACGUCCUAUCAAGGCCAGAUUUGCACCUAAUUGGCAGUUAGCACUUUUUUGACAUGGCUGAUAUUCAGUCAUUAAUCAUUACCAUAUAAAGCCUCAUUUGAAGCAUGUCACAUUGCAGAUAAAUCUGAUCAUGUUGGAUUUGUGGUCUGCAGGUAUUCAGAUGAGCUGUUGGGGUUAAUUUAUUUAUACAGUUGCACUAAAGGUGUUGGGUUUACUAUGUCUUUCAAAGAAAGGUUCUUCGUGUUAAUUUGAAUACUUUAAUCUUAAUUUCAAAAGUAUGCAUGUUUGUGAAAAAAAAUGUAUGGUAUGGUUUCAUGUUUUAUUUUUGUAAUAGUUUGAUCAUUGUCAUAUCUAAUAUGUAUUCAUCACUAUUGCAGAGCACAUGCAAAUUAAAAAAUAAAAAAUUGUAAAAAA